AGCAGCGACGUCAUAGAGAAAACGCGCCUGAUAGACUCAGGGUGAUAUGGCUGAUAGAAGAUAGACGCACAUUGCUACCGUAAACUCAUAUAUACAGCGGCUAUAUUAUUUUAAUUUUGCCCGAAAAUGAACAGCGUGGGGGAAGGCUGUACUGAACUGAAGCGGGAAUAUGACCAGUGUUUUAACCGCUGGUUUGCCGAGAAAUUCCUGAAAGGAGACCGAGGUGAUGAUCCGUGCAAAGAAAUGUUCAAGAAAUAUCAGUCCUGUGUCAAGAAAGCAAUCAAAGAAAAGGACAUCCCCAUCGAUGGCGUGGAGUUUAUGGGUCCAAACAAAGAAAAACCAGGAAGCUGACAUGACCCUGAACCACUAUUCUUUAAACUCCAUGAAAGAAAUGAUUCUGGAUUGCGGUGAUGACAUUUACAUCACACGUGAUGCCAAAGAUACAAUGACGUGCUUGAGAACUUUUGGGUGCAGAGAAAAGCUGUUUAACGCUACACAGACUCAGCAGGUCAAUUAGGCAGAGACUUCAUACAUACACAGUUAAUGAUAAAUUGCUGUUAACCUGUAUCUGAAACUUAACUAAUAAAUUUGAAGUAGAACUUGCA